AUUUCUGUCAGUUUUUGUCUAAUCUCAUUGGUUGUAAAUUAAUUGUGCUCUUGUUGUUUGAUGGUUUAAAAAUGAACCCAACUGAGGCUCAACAAAUGCUGGACACUUUUUGGCAGAGAGUAACAGAGGACAUUAAAAAUUUGGCCAAUGCUGAUUUUAAGAACCAAGAGUUACCCUUAGCCCGAAUAAAAAAGAUAAUGAAACUGGAUGAUGAUGUUAAAGUCAUGAUGAUCUCUGCCGAAGCCCCAGUUCUUUUUGCUAAAGCAGCGGAAAUUUUUAUCACAGAACUUUCUCUUCGUGCUUGGAUUCACACAGAAGAUAAUAAGAGAAGAACCUUACAACGUAAUGAUAUCGCCAUGGCCAUAACUAAAUACGAUCAGUUUGAUUUUUUGAUUGACAUUGUACCAAGGGACGAAUUAAAGCCAAAUAAAAGACAACAACAGGCUACACAAGCAACUCCAGCGGGCACAGUUGGUGGGGUUGCCUUGAAUACAGUGGGAACAACGGCUGUUGGAGCCACUGCAGUAAAUCCUGAACAAGUACAAUACUAUUUCCAGCUUGCCCAACAACAAACUGCAAAUCAAGCAGCAACCACAACACCAGGUCAACCCAUAAUAGUACAACCCGCUGGUCAAGCAUUCGCCAUCGCUAACGCGCCUCAACUUUUACAACUUCAAUCACAAAAUGAUAAUAUUAAUUACAUUUUGAUAUGAUCAUCAUAAAUGGUAAUCACAUACACACAACAACUACAACAACAACAACAACAAAAAGAAGUGGGAAAAUUAAAGAUAAAUUGCUUGAACAUUUAAACCUUUACAAA